AAAAAAAAAAAAAAAAAAAAAAAAAAAAAAAAAAAAAUAAUCAUAAGUAUGAAAGAUAAAAAAAGCAUUUUGCUAUUUUUUAGUGGCACAUCUCGAAAUGAUGAUUUCACCAGCACACAUUAAGUAGUGCUUGAAGAGUUCAAUGAAACUAGUGACGAUUUAGGGGCUUAAGUAGAUAGUUCAUGAAAACAUUUUCAGAAAAGGUGCAGGGAAGUUAAUGAAAAUUGAAUCUUUCAGUUCGGAAAUGACUCAACUCGGGUUUAUACGAUGUUCAUUCUUUUGAUUGGAAAUACUCCUUUCCUGACCCCAUAGUUUUUACCGUCUCCUAAUAAAUUUCAUUUUUCCGAGGUGGGUCACUUUUGAACUGAAAGAUUCAAUUAAUUCUUAAAUGAUGAUGGAAAAUUUUUGAUUUUUGAAUGAAUUAUCCUGAAUAAAACCUGUUCUAACUCCCACUUCGUUUCUUACAGUCAUUGGCUGACAAACGUGAAUGGCAAAAUUUGAAGAUAACUUUUUACUCUUUGUUUUCGUCCGUACCAUAGCAACCUAUUAAGUCUGAUUUUACAUGGGAGAAAAGUAGAGAGGAAGAGGUAAGCAACAGGAUGAUAGAAUAACGCUGGGUCCACAGGACUCUAGGUCCACAUCAAUCUAUCAAUCUGCAGCCCAGUUAAAAAUCCCGCCACGGUUUUACUACAGCGCUCUCUCGUGAUAUUUAUGAACACCAUGCUGUCUCCAAUUUUUAGGUUAUGUUUAAUUAUUAUGUUAUCUCAUAUCAUAUCAUGAUUCAUAAUAAUAUUGAUGAUUCUGUAUAUUUUCUUUUAGUCCGUCUCUAAUUUUUCUCUCACACUUGUACUUCAGGAAAGUAAACCUCCAGUAGAUAUAAAAUCCAAAUUUUAUUAUUGUAUAACAAUUUCUAUAUUCCCACAGUUGCGAAUAAUUACUUAAGUGGUGUUUCCACAAUUUCGUCCUGCUGUGUUCUUUUUUUCCUUCAACUGUUUUGUGAUGUGAGGUGCCUACUGAAUUCGUUCGGAUGUUCAUAGAACUCUAAUCCUGCCGUGUUCAGUCUAAUAUUCUCGAUGAAUUUUAUUAUGAGCGAUACCAAAACCAACAACAGUUUCAAAAGUUACAUCGGACUACAUGACACCAAUCUUUCGGCUCAUGACGUCAGCAAUGAUGAAUCAUUCUCAGAAAUACUGCUUCCAAAGUUGCUGCCUGGCGAGAUGGUUGUGGCAGAAGCUCAUAGUGUAUUACUUUUCACUCCUGUGAGUGAUAAAAAAAAUGGAAAGUUGGGCGUUCUUGUAGUUACUAACUUCAAACUAUCAUUCAUCACAGCAGAAGAAGAACAAAAUACUUAUUAUAUUUCCUAUCAGAGAAAUAUGCUACUGGGUCCAAAUGAUGUCUCAUUAUCAAAUGUUGACGUCUUAUAUCAGAUCAGUAGCAAAAAGCGUAAGCUUACUCCUGGAUCAAGUGUCUCCGAUCAAGUGAAAGGAAUUUUUGUAUUGUGCAAAGAUAUGCGAGCUUUGACUUUUAGUUUUAAACUCUCACCACCAGGGCACGGGAGAAAGCUUACUAAUGCCUUAUUACAUCAUGGCUUUCCAAAGCAACACCAUCUUCUUUUUCCUUUUGAGUACACGGUACCAUACUAUCCAGGCAACCAUCAAGUUACCAUGUUUCGUACAGCUGUGGACUGGGAAAAAGAGUUAACACGAACUGCUAGUGUUGGAUGGAGGAUUUCUACUGUCAACCAGAAUUUUAGAUUAUCGGAAAGUUCGCCCCAGUGGCUAGUUGUUUGUUCGUCCAUAUUAGAUAAACAGUUAAGGGAGGCUGCUCCUCAUUUUAAUGGAGGCAGGCUGCCGCAAUGGUGCUGGAGCUCUCAUUCUGGAGCUGCUCUUGUUAGAAUGGCAGAUGUCGUAUCCGCCUGUGAUAGAAUAAAAGAUCGAAAGAGCUUGCACUACAAAGUGAGAAUGCAAGAAAAUAUUCUAUUGGAAACAGUUCGGAAGAGUCAUCCACGUUUAACGCAACCAGUUGUAAUAGAGCUCACAAAAGACAUGCCCUCCUUAAGGCAUAUUCAAGUCAGUUUUUGUAAACUUAGAGACCUGUGCGUAGCUGAUAAUGAAAAACAUUUUUGGGAACAGGAUUCUCAGUUCUAUUCAUCAUUGGAGAGUACCAGAUGGUUACACUAUGUAGGAAAUUGUUUAUUAAAGGCAGUUAACGCUGCAUCAAAUUUAGCCAAAGAUAUAACGGUUGUUCUUCAAGAGUCAGACGGCCGAGAUAUAUCAUGUGUGAUAGCUAGUCUAACUCAAAUUAUCAUGGAUCCAUACUUUCGAACUAUUAAUGGUUUCCAGUCACUCGUCCAAAAAGAAUGGGUUUCCAUGGGGCACCCUUUCUGCAUAAGGCUUGGCCAUAUCUACAAAUCUAAUACUCAGCAAUCACCUAUCUGGUUGCUAUUUUUGGAUUGUGUUUGGCAACUUCUUCAGCAGUAUCCAUUAGAAUUUGAAUUCAACCAAAUUUAUCUCACAACCUUGUGGGAUUCAUCUUUAAUUCCAAUAUUUGAAACAUUUAUCUUUGACUCUGAAAAAGAGCGAAGUGAAGCCUCUUCGGUUUCACCAGUAAUCUUGCGAAGUGUGUGGGAUUUUGGAGAGCAACUUCCAGAAAGAGAUAUUGCAUCAUUCUCAAAUCCUCUAUAUAGAGAAUCACCAAAACAUUUAGAAGUUAAAUCAGGUGUGCCAUGUUUGCACUUGUGGAGUCAAUGCUAUUUUCGAUUUCUACCCAUACUAGAAAUAAAAGGAGGAGGUAAACCUCAGGUUGACUUGGCAAUCAGAGAAUUAUUAUUACCACCUGGUAGCAGCGUGAUGUCCGUUGAAAGCAAACAGCAGAUUGGCUCCUUCUAUCCUUUCACCCAUUGGAACACCAGAAACUCAGUAAACCAGAACUCUCUUUUGCUAAGUACCCUGUCACUGAAUACCACUGACGAUUCUCAAUCCAUCAUUAGUUUCUCAUGUGACUAGUUCCAAUUUGUUUUUUUUUUUUUAUUAUCAUUUUUUCAAGCGGUAAGCUGUGAACGAACCAAAAAGUUAAUUUGUGAAAUUUGUUCCUAAGUACCUUCAUUUUUAUGAUGCCAGUCAAGCUUUACAUUAGAUGCAGCUAAGAGUAAAAAAAAAUGUAUUUUUCUACCUUGCUUUGAAGUCAUGCCUAAGCGUUUGACCUGCAUUUUAGAGUAAUUGGAUGUGUGUACUACCCUCCGGGUCAAUCAUAUAAUUUCAUCACAAUUUGCGUGUAUUACUGACAAGGAAGCUUGGCUUAAACUCGUGAAGAGGGCCUAGUUUUUUAUUGAUUUUUUAUUAUUUUUAUUGACUAAUAUCUGAUUUCAUUGUUACAGAGAUUUUACUAAGCCAAAUUUAUUUUCGUUGCCUUCCUUACUUGAUCAUGUAAUUUUCAAAGACAGGAAUUUUUCUCCAUCAUGUUGAGUUUCCUUGUAUUCCAGUUUUUUCUGUUGUCCAAGGAAAGUCAAUAUUUAAAGGGAUCGAAUGAAGACUAACACUAAUUGAUAAAGUUUGACUCAGUAAUUUUGUGAAAAUGGCCCAUUUCAGAGCUUUUUAAGCAAAAGUAUUGAUCUAUUAAAAUCAUUUUUAUAUUUUCACACAUUUGUUCAAUUUUCUUAAUGCCUCAAGACAUAAUAUAAUUUGAAGCAUAUAAAUUGUUUAUCUUGAACCCAAAUUGGAAAAAUGUACUUAACUCCUUCAUUUACUAUAUCCCUGAAUUUUCUUAAUGUAGGAUGUUCCAAGUUCCAAGUUAAAAAAAAAUCUGAGAAUAAUUCUUGCAGCUAAGGUAAAUGUUUCUUAAAUUUUUAGAACAUUAGCGCGACAAUGAAGUUCACUUUCUCUGAAGAGGGCAGAAUUUUAAGUACAUUAACUUUUGUUGCAUUAGGUCAAAAAAUUAGAUUUUGAAAUUCAGCAAAACCCUCUCCAAAGAACCCUAUAAUUAUUCGCAAAAGGUCACUUAAUUUUCGUGCCAAUGAAGGAUGUAAAGUUGCGUAGAGUCCAUGCCAAAUAAAUGUACGCACUUCUAGAGUGCGCUGAAAGAUUCGCCAUCUUGAUUCUUGUAUUUUACUGCUUUUGGAACUUUUGCUCUGCACCUUCAAGGGGCUUGACUGUGAAAUUAAUGUUCACUGAGAUUUCAGUCUCAUUUAAAUUUUAAGUAUCAACCCAAGAAUUUUUUGACCGGAAACUUACAAUAUCCUACGUAGAAAUUAAAUCUGAUUCACUAGACUGAUUCAGAUGUAUUGUGUGAGUGAUCAUUGUCAAUUUAUCUCCAUUUUUAGCAUUGGAAGAGAUGGUUUCCAUUGUUUCAAUUAAAAUUUAGUCAAACGAUACCUGGUACCUGGCUUAAUGGAAAAUUCCUGUAGUGAUGUCACUAUUGAAUCAGUCAGUAGCUUCUUAAUCUGAUGUGUUGAUUUUUAUGAUCCUUAACAAGAGUUUUUCUCUCAUAUUUGCCUUAUCUAAACUGUACAAUAAUUAAUUAUAUGAAAUUUUUAAUUAGUGGACGAUUGUUUCUUCUUCAAAUUGGUGAAAGAGGAACCUUGUUAAAUUUUUAUUUCACCAGUUUUUUAGGCACUCCAGCUCCAGCAUAGGACAUACUGCAUUUGCCGUUAUGCAUGCGUAAAAGUUGUAACACAAAAAAAUACCAAGGUAUUUAACAUACACGAUGAGUGCAUAAGUUGAGUUAACACUAAAUUCGGCAUAGAUAAUAUACCAGGUUUGGAAUGGGUCUAAAAUGGGCUCAAUUAUUUUCACCAUUGAACAAUAGUCUCUGUAGAAAAAUGGGGCUUUGUUAAGUUCAUAUAUUCUCUCAUUAUCUUUGGCUUGUAUUUAUACUAACUUUAAAAUAUAAAUAAUAGCAUUUCAACUGUAAUAAAUAACAUUCCAUAAAAAUGCAUGAAAACAAACAGACAGUAAGGCCCAGGAGGAAAGUCGUUUUGAAAUUGUUUUAUUCUUUUAAUCGGUAAAGUUGCAAGCAUUUUAUUCAGUCAUCAUUUCUAUAAAUAAGUUUAUUUUUAACCAGCAUUUUUCAUUUUUCUUCUUAACAUUUAUCAUCUACUAUCUUUAAUCAUCCCAUUUAGAAACCUGGUUUUCUCUGAUUUCAUUAUGAGUGGAAUUCUCAGCAGAAAAUCACUUCAUAGGAAUUUGUGAAUAUUGUGGCAAAAAAUUUAAGCAAAAUCCCCUCAAGCUGGGGUUCAUUUCAGAGGAAAAUACAAUUCUUGUGUGAAGAAAUUGAAUUCAACGUCCUUUACCAAUCAUCCUCCAAUUUCCAUGAAGUUUAUCCAUAUUUGCUGCUUAAUUCAGGAAGAACAGUUCACUUUCUGAAAUUAGGGCAGUUGUGGUAGCACCAAGAGGUGGUUUUCAAGGAAAAUUUACAGUCGGAUAAAGUCGUAUUUAGACCCAUAGAAUAUGCUUCUGUAGCAAAGCAAUCUAACCCUAGGUUUUAUGUGCAUAUCUUGUGAUGCAUCACGGUUAAUCCUUGCAGCUAUGUGUCCUUGUCUAUCUUUGUUUAGUGCUCUUCUAGUUUUUAGAAAAAAGUAUGACUGCUUAAAACACUCUACACUGGAUUUUAAUAAAGUUCUUUUUUUGGACAGGAAAAAUAUAUUUGAUUAUCAUCUACUAGAGCCAAACUUCUGUCAAUUUAAACAUUGUGUCAAGGAUUUCAACAAAAAAAAAAAAGAACAAGGCAAGGGGAGUAAAAUCAUUCCUUGAUAAAAAUUUUUAGCUGAAAACUUUGGAAAUAGGUCUACUCAGAAUAUGUAAUCAUAAACUGACAGCGUCAAUUGAAUGUAGUGUCUUCUAAACUCAUCUGAAGUCUUUAAUUACCAUAGACCACUAAAACACAUCUCAAAAUCGAAUUUGGCUUUCUUGCUUUUCCUGUUCAAAUCUGUCUUGUAAUGACCCUUUUUACGAUUAAUUCCAGCAUUUUUCAACUGUGCCUUUCACUAAUUGGUAUUCUAAAGCAAGAAAAAUAUUAGUACAUUAGAUUUUUAUGGUGAAUAAAUGUCUCCUCAAAACUAUGAAUGUAGAUGUAUGCAGUUUGCAUGAAGACAUGUACGUCAUGUGCUGGACAAAUCUGUAUCAGGAUAUAAGUUUCCCGAUACAGAUAUUAGGAUCAGCGAUACAAGCCUGUAUUAAAGCCUAGGUAAUUCUCAUGAUGUUCAUAAGUAUCUCAAAGAAUUUUUAACUCUGUAAUAAAAAAUGAUAAACAUAUUGAUGGCUGAAGUAAAAAUCUCCAUUACAAUAUUUCUUCAAAGGGAACGGACCGAAAUGUAUUCUUGUAAUUUUUAGGGAAAUGAUUUCAAUGAGUGGGAAAAAUUCACAAACAAAUUUUAAGAGAAAAUGUUAAUCCGAUUUCUUUCAAGUGGAUGAAACUUGAGCAGAGAUUCGCAUUGUUGCACUGGAAGUUGCGCAAUUUCUGACUUCAGCCAUCAAUAUGUACAUGCUGAGCUAUUUCCUCCAUUUUGCUUCCCUGUAGAAGGAGGACCUGGGAAAA